AUGUGUAAGGAGAAUAUGAUAAGUGAAUUGUACCCGUUGGUUGCACUUUUUGUGCAUGCAACAAACCAGGAAGUGACAAAGGAAAAAAUUGCAAGUGUUAUGAGAGCGCUUGGUGUGGAAAGCAAUCCUAAGAUAUGUGAAUAUUUUGAAAUGGAUGCGCUGAAGAUCAAGGAGCUAUUGAUGGGCGGAGGACAAGGUGCCGCGCCAAUGAGUGUGGGAGGAGGACAGGCAGCUGCAAGCACCGCUGGUGCAGCAGUGGCUGCAAAGAAGGAAGAAGCGCCAGAAGAGGAUGCUGAGAUUGAUUUCAGCUUUUUCUGA